GCGUGGCAGGAGCACCGACGAUGACGAGGCCGCGCUGACAGAGGCCCUGAUGAAGAACGGCCUCGCACAGCCGCUCGAGGGCAGCGACGAGGGGCUCGUGGACGUCGUCGGCUCCAAGGGCGCGCGGAUGGCCGUGGCUCAGCAGGAGCUCGAGGACAUCGUCAGCCCGAUGAGGAUGGAGUGCGGCCUCGGGGAGCCCAUGCUGCAUGAUGCCGACGGGCGUAGAGCGGUCGCAGUCGUUCGUGGAGCCGCUGUCGUUCGUGCAGGAGCCGCUGACGGCAAUGGAGAUCCUUGUGAGGGUGCCGCCGACAGCUUUCUGUCUGCAGUUCGUGGAGCGGCUGACGCUGACGGAGCUGCUGAUGAGUUUCAGGCCAUCGCCGACAACUCGUUCGAGGAGGGCGGCGGCCUCAAGGGCAAGCAGGAGGAGAUGGAGGACAUCGUCAAGCACGGCCUCGCGUACACCAUCGAGAGCGAGGAGAAGAUCCAGAAGACGGUGGGCAUCUCUGCCUGCUUCGAGGACGUGCGGCAGGAGGCCGAGGGCAUCGUCGACCCCAUUCUGCGCUCGGACGCGUCCGAUGUCAAGGAUGGGCUCGAGGAGGCGGGCCAUGCGAGGGCCCAGUGGCGCCACGGGAUCCUGAAGGAGGGCGGCCGAGUGCGCCUCCGCGACGGGCGCAUCGGGUCGCUCUACGACCCCGCGGUGGAGGACGGCUGCGUGCUCGUGCUGCUCGGGAAGGGCCGCCGCGCGGCCGUCAUGCCGAUCAAGGUCGACGACGUCGAGAGCGUCGAGCUGGGCACCUAG